AUGGAGAUGGACUUUCUGGGCCCACGAUCGGCGCCGCGGCAUGCGAUGCCGCUCGUGGCGCGACGCGAUGCCGAGGACGACGGCGAGCCCUGGCGUCUCGCUUCACCGGCACACUUCGCGUACCCGGACGUGCGCGCGGCGGCGGCUCAUCGCCACCACCCGACGGCGCCGUCGUACCAGAUGCACGCGCCGCCGCCGCUGCAUCCCCAGGCCUUCCCGUGCGCCAUUCCCGCCUCGUCCCUGCAAGGCCCGCAGGUAGUCCACCGUGCUGCGUACUCGCCUGAUCGGAGGUGCUCCGCCGCGCAGCUGACGAUAUUCUACGCAGGUUCAGUGCAUGUGUUCGACAACGUGACGAAGGAAAAGGCCGAGCAGAUCACGUUCAUGGCCGCGAAGGCAGCUCAAGCAGGCCGCAGCCCUCCCCUUCGUCGGGCGCUGCGGCAAUCGGAAUCUGCUCCGGUCCCCGACGAGAGAAAGCAGAUGCCAUUGGCGAGAGCUUGCAGCGAUCCUGUGCACCCUUCGCCACAGGCAUUGUUCAUGCUGCCGCAUAGAGAUGUUCCGCUGGCCAGGAGUGCGUCCCUUGCCCGCUUCCUCGAGAGACGCAAGCGAAAGCAAAGGACAGCAAAUGCAGCAACGCCUUACUCUCGCAGGGAGAUAUCCCCUGGUAGCGUGGACACUUUCCGCAUGGUCUCGCCAGGAAGCACAACACUAUCCGGCAACACCGAACUGUCAUGGUUCUUCGGAGAUGAAAAGCUGGGAAGCCGCGACGAGGAGGCGCUGGACACGGAGCUCAAGAUGUAG